CAUGACUCGUCCAACAUGACAUCGAGCAGCUUCGCCGCUGCUCAAGAACGCAUCCUAGCACGGCAGAGGACCAGGCAGCAAGAAGCUCGAGCUGCGCAGCCACGAACCGAACUCGGCCCCGGCCGCUCUCUCACACGGUUCGCUCACUCCUUGCGCCCCGAAUUGUCAGCUUUCUGGUCGACGUUGUUAGACUCCGAGGGCACGCGGCCAGCUUUUCGGGUCGGUCAGGUUGAUGCCGAACUGCUGGAUGAAGAGUUACUGGGACUACUGAAGACACAAGUCGCAGAUGGCCUCAAGUACCUCGGACCGCAUCUACAGGACGAUUGGUCACAGGAGAUUCUCCUGACGCUGAGAGCCGUGCUGUUCAAGCUCUCCAUAUGGGACAAUGAUGCGUCCUACGGUGCAUCUCUCCAAAACCUACGAUACACAGACGCACGAAAGUCGAGUCUAGCCCUUCCGAAACCGACCAAAUGGCAGAAAGCUCUAUACGGUUUCAUUACAGUUUUCGGAAGAUAUGGAUGGGACAAAUGGGAAGACUGGCUGAUUGAUCAAGAGCGAGGGUACACUGCGCCUUCUGAAGCCGUUCAGCGGCUAAUGCGACUGACCUCUUUCGCCUCUACCACUCACUCUAUUGCUGCCUUCUGCUCCUUUCUGGUGUUUUUGGUCAAUGGGCGAUACCGCACUCUCACAGACCGUCUGUUGAGGUUGAGGCUCGUUUCACCUUCCAACCAGGUCAGCCGAGAAGUCUCAUUUGAGUAUCUCAACCGGCAGUUAGUCUGGCAUGCGUUCACCGAGUUCUUGUUAUUCCUCCUUCCACUUGUUGGAAUAAGUCGAUGGCGACGAUGGCUUGCAAGAGCUUGGAAGAAGACCAAAGAUGCAAUGAGAUCUGAAGCCCCUGUUGAAGAUGAGGAGGUGAUCAAAACUGGUCCCCUCGCGUUUCUACCAGAGAGAACUUGCGCCAUAUGCUAUCAGGACCAGAAUCCUGCAUCAACAUCUGAAGCAGAAAUACUAGGAGCCAACGUCGGCGCCGGAGGAGGCGUCAUCGGAUCAGCCACUACCGAUGUCGUCAAUCCAUAUGAGACCAUUCCCUGUGGGUGUAUUUACUGUUUCGUCUGUGUCGCAACCAAGAUCGAGGCCGAGGAAGGUGGGGGCUGGUCUUGCUUGCGAUGUGGCGAGAUUGUGUACAAAUGUCAAGCAUGGGAUGGCGAUGUCGUGGUUCAGAAGAAAUCCACUUCCAAAAACGGGAAGUCAGUAGGCUUCUCUGUGGUCGAGAACGAACAGUCUGAGAAUCUCAAGGAGGGACCUGUGGAAGACGAUUCCGAAAUGGUCGAAUCAACUCUUACCUCGAGUCAGUGGUCAAUGCCGGAAGAAAGUACUUCAAGUGGCUGAAUUUUCGUGUCUCCUCGGCCGACAGGGGAAACCACUACGCCAUUCGCUGCGGCAGUCGCUCAGCCCGGUGACAUGCUGUUCCGUAAGACGAAACCGAGGCGGUACUCACAACAUCCUCUACAAGUUACAGCUCGCGGCCGCGAGAGAAAGCUCAGUCUGCGCCAUUGACAUCCCUCGCCGAUUCGGAUCCGUCGAAACCCAGAUCCGGAUGCAAAAGCGUGAGAAAGCGGCGGGGUUGUCAAAUCCAGCCGAGCACGUCAGUGUUGAUAUGGGACCGACAACGAAGUCACAUUGACCUCAAAGUUGGCAUUUGCGCAACUACCUGCGCCUACCCUGGCUUCAGCCUCAUGCCGAAGCGAUCAAAAGUGCUCUGGAUACGCCUCACUCCCAACUCCCCGACGAAGACUCUAUUGCUCUGAGACCCUUUGCCUCAAGUAUACGUGGUUCCAUUCUUGAUCAAAUUCUCAAAGGUCUCUUUGUCAUGCCCAGGAAUCACUUGACCCCGGGUAGUCCUUUCCAAUUGUUUUAGACGCUGCGUACUCUGGAACCAAGCUGGAUGAUCUCUUGCAAGCCAGCCUUGAGGGAUACCAUCGCGCCACUAAGACAAUGUCAGUCUUUGGAACAGCCAAGAAUGGGCUGCUUACGUUUUCGAUGACAUGGCAGUGGUCACUGAUAAAGAGGAAAGUACCACUAUCAGGCAUAUUGAUUUGCAUACCAAUCAGUCCUGCGGCAAGUCAGUCACGCUCAGCAUCCGUUCAGUCGGCCUGCUCACCAUCAGUAUGGCCCGGCAAAUGAUGCAAUGUAAUUCCCUGGCAGAAGUCGAUGGUCCGGUCGUCGAAAGUCUUCCAAUUGCUGGUCGCCGUUAGUACGCUACUCGGGUUUGGAAGGGAUCAACCUCACAAGCUCAGCUUGAGAUAAUGCUCAAGAUAAACGCCAACGUCAGCUCCCGUUGCGACGGACCAGAAGGCGGCUUUCAACUCUUUGUCGUGGACCCAAACCUCGACAUCCUUUCUGUCCAGAAACAUAUCCAAGCCUCCCGCAUGGUCUAAAUGCAGAUGUCCAAUGAUGAUUUUCUUGAUAUCCUCCAGCUUAUUGCCGGUCGCUUCGACAGCCGCCUUCAGCUCAUGUCUGGGCUCGUACUUGAUCCGAGAAAACACAUCGGCGACCUGAGGACCCCAUACCUCUGGGUAGUCUUUCCCACAACCCGUUUCCCACAGUAUCAGUCCUUCAUGGGGAUGUUCGAUCAGGAUGCAGUACAUUGGUAGUUCUCGUCGCUUAUUCACAAACGACCUAUUCUCGGUGCUCUUGGUGCUUGUAUUGCCACCUCGCACCACAAAAGCUUCGUCGCACUCCAACCAACCGACCUCCAGGACAUGGAAUUUAGUUCCCUUUGGACACACAUUGGAAAUGUGGUUUGGUACCGCCCCACGGUCGAGCUGAGCUUGUAUUCCAGACAUGAUGGGCAAUCGAAAAUUCGCUUACAGGUUUGGAUGCACAGGGAUGAUCAAGAAAGUCGAUUGAGAGAGAGGCUGCUGGACAUAAAACGAUGCGACGAUCUGAGGGGGCUCAUAAUGGGUUCACGAAGGCCCCGCACUGGAAUCUUCAAGCAAGUCCACAAAUUCCUACCUGGUGCGGAGAGUGGUGAAGCCUUUGACGAAGGAAUAAGCGCGGCACCGGUUAAACAGGACUGGAAGUGGAGCAAGACAAGCGAAAGAUAGCUCUGUGGAAUGGGAAAUCCAUCUCGAAUGAGCAAAUCUGAUGCGAGCUCGCACCAAAGGGACGGGAGAUAGAAGGUUGAGGUGGGGAAGGAGGAAAGGAAGCAUUUUCGGAUUGAGUGGAGGUCACCAUCAUCACUCAUCUUCGCCAAUUACGAGUACCGCACUACUUCAACUCGAGCUUCUCGUUCACCCAUGACUCAGCAAUACUUUUUCCUUUACGUGUACUCGCCAUAUUCUAGAUGUUGUUAGGAUUCGAUGAACAUCCGGCCUCGAACAUCGAUAUAACAGUCUUCAUCUAUAUGCUUCGCGGCUGGAACAGAGCGAGAUAGCUCUCUCAUACAAGACCCGCCCUUGGAGUCGCUUCCGUGGACCGCACGACCGGAUGACACAGAUGAAAGACUACCCAUACGUCAUGUUUACCAAGCGAAUUCAGAAUUCACGUUGAGCUUCCGGUGAUAAAAUCUGCUCUAACUCAUGCACCAAAGCUGCCGUCAGAUUAGUUACAACCCCCUUCUGUCCUAGUACACCAACAAGCAGAACGCUUGCCGUUUAAGCAAUUCCCCAACUUCCUAAGCGAUCCGUGCCAAAGCCGAGAUGACGUGUGUAGAUCGCUGCUGAAGUUGAAUGCCAUAGUUGCACCUCUGGGACUAGCAUACCUUUGUAC